CAUCAUCAUCUUCAUCAUCAUCAUCUUCAUCAUCAUGGUGUAUGAUGUGCAGGUCUAAACCUUGGAUCCGUAAAACAAAUCAAACAAGCGGCAUUCUGAGGAGAGACGGAGCGCAGUGAGGGAAUCGGCCUGCAGGCUGAUCUCUCCACCAUGCAGCAUUACGGGGUAAACAGUGGAUACUCUCUACACGCCAUGAACUCCCUGAGCGCCAUGUACAACCUGCAUCAGCAGAGCACGCAGCACGCGCCCGACUACCGGCCCUCUGUGCACGCGCUCACGCUCGCCGAGAGACUAGCCGACAUCAUCCUGGAGGCGAGGUACGGCUCCCAGCACAGGAAACAGCGGCGGAGUCGCACAGCCUUCACUGCUCAGCAGCUGGAGGCCCUCGAGAAAACCUUCCAGAAAACACACUAUCCUGAUGUAGUAAUGAGGGAAAGGCUGGCAAUGUGCACCAACCUGCCUGAGGCUCGAGUACAGGUUUGGUUUAAGAACAGACGAGCGAAGUUCCGUAAGAAGCAGCGCAGUCUACAGAAAGAGCAGCUCCAAAAGCAGAAGGAGGCGGAGUCAGAAGUAAACCAGGAAUCAGAGGAUAAAGAAGAAGCAUUGCCUACACAAACGCCUCAAAAUCCACCUUCACCUUCAGACGGGACUCGAGCCAAACUUCCGCCUCCGGAGGAGCUGAGCGAGGAAGUGAACGUUACCUCACCCGAGCACUCGGGGGCGGAGUCAGGAGCAGAGGAUUUGACUGACAGAGAGGAUGAGCCACAGUUGAUCAGAGAGGAGGAGAAAGGGGCGGGGCUGGCGUUGACAAGCGGCACAAUGUCACCAUGCAAACCACUCAGUCCCAAAUCUGAUUCUCCUCUCACCUCGCCGUCUCUCUCGUCCUCCAGUGUCCUCGGCAGCGGUUUAGUCCAAACCAACUCCUACGCUUCAUCUCCUCUCAGCCUCUUCCGUCUACAGGAGCAGUUUCGGCAGCACAUGGCCGCCACGAACAACCUGAUGCACUACACUCCCUUCGACAUGGCCACCCCGUCCUCUUCCUCCUCCUCCACCUCGUCUUCUUUGGCUUACCUGGGCAUGAACAUGAACAUGAACAUGAGCAUGAACAUGGCGUCUCCGCUCGGCCCGCUGCAGUGUCAGUCGUAUUACCAGUCUCUGUCUCAGCAGGUGUGGAGCAGCUUAAACAGCAAGACGAGCAGCAUCGAGAACCUGCGCUUCAGGGCCAAGCAGCACGCAGCCUCACUCGGAUUGGACACACUGCCCAACUGACCUCGGAACAGCCGAGAUGAAACAAACCGGAGAAACAGAUUGGACUUAUUUAAACGAGACACACUGGGAGGAAUGGCUUCGACUGGGUGUGUCGUCGAUGGACAACAACGGACAUUAUAUCAGAUGUACAUUUUAACCAAUCCAUACCUCAAGAUCUGAUCUCUCGCAUCUGUUCUGCUGUGUAAAUUCAUUUCCACUACGGCAUCUCCACUGAAUUCUGCUUAAGCUAUUAAUAUUAGCAUUAUAGAGACACCCAAAGGAUACAGGUCAUCCGGUUAGUCCUGAAAAACAGGUAUCGAAAAAUGUGACCACAACAAAAUAGCAUCAAUAUCAAAACAUCUGCUAUAAAUAUAAAUACAUAUUUGAGACCUAAACAGCUGAACGCACAUGUUUCCCAUAGACAGUGAUUUAUUUUAGUCAAAGUUAUUUCACCUCAGGUUGCAUUGCAUCAUCGUUGUUUAUUAAUUUAAUAUAAAAGCACAUCUUCAAGUAUUUUAUUCAUUACAUAAUGGAAUAAACUUAAAUUAAGGACUCUGAUGAAUAAACUUUUACAUAACAUUAUAGCAUCACCUGCAUGAUGUGAUAUUGGCGAGAAUCAAAGGGAAGGUGUACAAGACAGUGGUGAGACCGGCCAUGUUGUAUGGUUUAGAGGCAGUGUCACUGAGGAAGAGACAGGAGUCAGAGCUGGAGGUAGCAGAGCUGAAGAUGUUGAGGUUCUCUUUGGGAGUGACACGGUUGGACAGGAUUAGGAACGAGGACAUCAGAGGGACAGCUCAUGUUGGACGAUUGGGGGACAAAGUUAGGGAGGACAGAUUAAGAUGGUUUGGACAUGUCCAGAGGAGGGAGAGUGAGUAUAUUGGUAGGAGAAUGUUGGACAUGGAGCUGCCAGGCAGGAGGAAAAGAGGAAGGCCAAAGAGGAGGUAUAUGGAUGGAAUAAAUGAGGAUAUGAAGCUAGUGUUGAGGAUGCAGAAGAUAGGGAUAGGUGGAGAGAGAUGAUUGGAUGUGGCGACCCGUGAAGGGAAAAGCCGAAAGAAGAAGAAGAAGAAGAAGAAGAUAGUCACCUGCAUGACCUCAUGUCAUGACACCGUGAGCUGUCAUGGUCUCUAAUGCAGUCUUUUCUCAAAUAUUCCACAGCCCUGGACUUCUUUAGCUGGUAAACCAAUCCUACAAGAAUUUUAAACCUCACCAACCCCCUAUGCUUCCAGACUCCAGAGCCGCACUUUAAGAACUUUAAUAUGUAUCUGGAUUUCUCUACACAAAGACUUCCUGUGUGUUGUUUUCACUGACCAGCCUACAGAGGCUGAGCAGGUGAAGUGAACAUGUGACAGUGACUGACCCAUGUAAAUACGACACAUGUUUAG